AUGCUUGAGGAAUGUCACAAUGAAGUUAAUUUAGAAGAGCAAAUACGAUCUGACAAAUGCGCUCAAUUCUGCAAACUUAUUAAUUCUGAUGUAUGCAUGACUAUCACAGAGGAAGGAGCUGAUGUAUUCUCAUAUUUUCGUGAACAGAGCAAUCUAAUGACUCAAAAGUCCUGCAUGGAAAAGUGGCUUAUUAGUCUCUUAAACUCAGCAGAUUUUGUCUCGUUCUAUACACAAUACAUACAAUUGCUCGUUGAAAAAAAGAAUGGGUCUAAUUAUUUGGCUGACCCUAGAUGCAGAGCAGUAACGAAUUUUAUUAAGCUUCAUAUGUUAACAUGGAACGCAACUGACAAGUCAGAAGAAUUAUGCUACAGGCUUGUAACAGCCUCGACAACCAUGGCUUUAAUUCAUCUUAUCAAGCAGCCUGAGCUGGAACCAACAAUAUGCUUUCGUCAGAGGAACGUUUCAAUGCUUUUACACUCUGCUGUAGGCAUUCUUAACAAUGUUAUUAAUCACUUACCAAAUGAGCGCAGCAAAUUUCGGGAAGAAGGAAUCGUACAAGCAUUAAUGCUCAUAGUCAAAUAUGACUCGCUUCAUUCUCAUGAUUUUUAUGCAGAUCAUGUUCUCCAAAAAUUGCAUCUCCCAUUUAAAACAGCAUCUCUUUUAUUAUUGGCUUUUAUGGUAGACGAAAAAGAAAAUGAUAUUCUCAAUGAUACGGACGGCCAUAUAAUAUAUUUAAUUGCUAUCGUGAAAGAUGCACUCUUAAAUGAAGAAACCUUGUUUUCUGUCAAUUAUGGAUAUAAUGCAGAUGAACUAUUUUAUCGUCUCAAGCACUUGGCAGGUCCCGAUAGUAAUAAAGAAAUCUUGGUCAAAAAUGGUAUCAUAGGUGCCAUUAAAUCGGCGCUAGAUAUCUCGCUUAAGCAAGAAAGAGCAUCUAUAACUCGUGAUAAUGCUGAAACAAGUUAUAAGAAAUACCGUAACCUAGCCUUGGUAUCUCUUGAUUUGUUAUGGUCCCUCAGCUUCAUGGAAAUCACCCAUCAACACCUCGCAUGUGGUACGGACUUUAGACGAAUUUGUGACCAUUUUGCUGAAAGUCCAUUGUGGCAAGGACCAUGCAAACUAGCUGCUACUGGCAUUUUAUGGAAUCUUAAAUGCGCAGAGAAUAUAAGUACAUCCAACAGCUCCCCUGCCCAUUUAAUUAAAUUGAUGGGCUCUGAUCGAUCUAUCGGUAAGGCUGAUGGACACGUCAUGAUCAGUUAUCAGCAUAGUACUCAGCAUAUAAUGAGCCUGGUUAAAGAUGCUCUUGAAAGACGGGGCUACAAAGUAUGGAUGGACAUCGAUCACAUGCGUGGCUCUUUUGUUGACGCCAUGGCGGAUGGAAUACAGCGUUCUGCAGCUCUUGUGCUAGGGAUCAGCCAAGCUUUUAAAAACUCACCUCAUUGCCGCCAGGAAGUGAGAUAUGCUUAUUCACUGGGCAUCCCACUGGUACCUCUCGUCCUUGAGCCAAACUUUCGUUCUGAUGGUUGGCUCGGCCUCCUAUUGGCCACUAUUUUAAUGCAUCCCCUCACAGGUCAUGAAGAUCUAGAAAGAGCAGCAAACUGGCUAGAGGAUCAGUUGGGCGACCGCGGCCGCCAUCAAAAUGCCCCCUCAGAGGCACCCGUAUCUAUCCUCGAGUCCGGAUCUGAGGUUGCACAAGUUCCAUCCGGGGCAUUUUCGGAGCCCGUGUCCCAAUCUAUCACCGUCGACAGUCACUUCGGCCACUUGGGCAUAUGCGCCGCCAAUCAUGUAGUUGAUUAUGAGGUAAUUCAGCCAUUGGACACUAAUAGUAACAGAUUGGUCGUGUCUGGAGCGAAGAUCGCGUCUGUCAAUUCGUUUCCGAGCUAUCUUACCACGACACACUCAGAAAGAAGCAACUUAAUACAGCAAUGCUAUGAAGUCCCUAACAAAUACCCCUGUAAUAACUUGGAUUUUUCCCUAUCUACGACCAUAGGUCAGGAAAUUCCGGCCCUUUCGGUCGCCAACGGCAUUCAGCCUCUAUUACCUGUGUCUUCUCUAGCUAACGGAAUGGUUGUAACUACUAACUCCGAUUUGCCCGUCAAUCUGGCUAGUUUCUACUCGCCUUCUUCCUCUAACCAUGGAUUCUCCUCCUGGCAAUGCUUCACUAUACUGUUCUAUUCCCGUAGCUACACCAUUUCGUCUGAAGGAGCAAAGGCAACUCCACAAACUCUAUCCACAGUCGAUUUCCCCAAUUGGACCAGCACUGAAGUGGUUGACUGGCUUUCUCAACACAAGCUUUCCUCAUUUUUGCCUCGUCUAGCUGGUCUUGAUGGCCGUCUCCUCGUUGAGUUAGUUUAUCUUCGCCUUCAUGCCCCGGAAGGCCUGAUGACCAUUUUGUCUUCCGACCUCGGCAUGGGCCUCAUUGAUCGCUUGCGUUUGCUCGCUGCUCUUGCCGAUCUCGCGAAAUAA